UGACGCGACGCCGUACUACAAAUGGCGGGCAAAGAAACAGCUGUUUAUGUCACCGCUGGCUCGACAUCUAGCGGAGCGCGGGCGCGAUCGGGCACGCGUCGGCGACGACGUCGACGUAGGGUACGCCGUGGCGAGGAGACGCGUAGACGAGGAAUAAGGAGGAGAACCGAGGCGGUGGUGCUCGCUGGUGAACCGUCCAAGAGGAACAUGGCCGCCGGAUGCUGCGGCGCGAAGAAGCAGAGGCUGGGCGUCGGCGGCGUCGGCGGCGGCGGCGCGACGCCGAGCCUGUCAUCGUGUGACAGCACCGUUAUACGACACGGCGUGCCUCACCCGAGGAAGCCCACGACGAUCGCCCAACCGGAGAUGGGCUUCUUCUGCUUCGACGUGCUCUAUUGCCAGCUGCAUCAGUUGGAUCCGCCGAAGGCGCCCAACUUCAGCAACGAAGCGUUCCCUUUAUUUGUGACAUGGACAAUAGGAAAAGAUAUGAGAUUACGGGGUUGUAUCGGUACUUUUAAUGCGAUGCAUUUACAUGCCGGUCUACGCGAAUAUGCUGCAACUAGUGCAUUCAAAGACUCUCGUUUUAAUCCCAUAACUCAAGACGAGCUGCCACGCUUGCACGUAAGCGUGUCUAUUUUGCGGCAUUUUGAGGACGGAAUCGAUUAUUUAGAUUGGGAAGUGGGCGUGCAUGGAAUUCGCAUAGAGUUUCACAAUGAGAAGGGUAAUAAGCGAACGGCUACUUAUUUGCCCAGUGUAGCUAUGGAGCAAGGAUGGGACCAGAUACAAACAAUAGACUCUCUGCUACACAAAGGCGGCUUCAAGGGUCUAGUCACACCCGAUAUCCGUCGUAGUCUGAAACUGACUCGUUAUCAGAGCGAGGAAGUCACCGUGAGCUAUCAAGAUUAUAUGACGCAUUGUCACAAUCGAAGAUGCUAGCAGAUCGCCUGGGGUCCUAGUCAGGGGCCCCCGCUUCAACGAUCCGCUGAAGCUCGUUAUAACAACGCGCAUACAGUCAAUUCGUCCCAUUCGCAAAAUGAUAACAUUCGAUAUAAUAAUUCCUUCGCAUCCGGUCGGCAGCACUCGCAGAUUGUGACACAGUCUAAUCGUUCGACGUUUAUACAUCCGUUACCCUUACCUCCAAUUUCCCCGGUUAUAGCACCGGUACGCGAUAGUCCAUCCUUCUGGUGGGAUAACGCAGGUCCGUCCUAUCCGCCUGCGCCAUUUUACCCUCGACCACCACAUCGUUUUUCAACGCAGGAAAACACGGAACGUGCGGUACGUAAACGUAAAUGACAUUGGAAACGGUUGUUCCUCGCGAUUUUCCACUGUUUAAAGUGGUGCGUAUUUUUAUGUCUCAGUAUACACAGCCUCCCGUUUAUGAUACCACACGCUCCGUCUUGAGAAUAAUAACUUCAUAUAUGAUGGCACCGCUUAAUUCAUUGCUGUACUGAUGUUGGGAUUAUAAGUAAUAAUAUGCUGAUUAUUCGCGAUAUUAAUAUGUAUCACAUGGUGUUUAUUUGCAAUUUGAAAAAUUAAUUAAAAAAAAUUAUGCUCAU